CUCAUCACAUGCAACCCUGCCUUUACAGCUCCUACAAGGCUUUGCUCUGGACCCUGUCUCAUCCUGAAGCAUCAUUCCUCAGCGAGGGGCAUCCACGGGGCGUCUGCGUGUCACCCCCUGCCACCGAGCCACCCGGCGCGGGUCAGAGGCGCAGGAGGCUGCGCACAGGAUCCAGCCGCCACCGCCACGGGGCAGCCCCCACCGGGGUCUUCUGCGCCCAGAGAGGGGGGACACGCUGGGACGGUCAUCACGGUGCCCAGAGGAGCAUCCUCCAUCCCGGCCUCGGGCUGCGCUCGGCCUCCCAGCGCUCGCUUAAUUGCACUGGUGGGGGGAAUCAACUAAUUGCAGGGGCUGAUUGAUUGGUAAAAAUGUCAUCUUCGCCGGCCAUGGUUGCCAGGGCGACCCCGGCCGUUCUCCACCAGUGUCAUGAGUUCCCGGGUGCCCAAAGCCACCCGCCACGUGUCUCUGCGGGGACAGGAUGUGGAAAUCCCUUUCCUUCCUCCGGAUCCGACCCGCUGCUGCAGGAAGCAGCGAGCGGCUGUGAAAGCCGGGGUACGCAGAGGUUUGGGGCCGGGGCCUGUCCCCGCCAUGCCCAAGUGGCUCCUGGCCCUUCCCGGUGGUGCCGGUGCCGCCGUUGCCUGAGGGUCUUCGCAGGGCUCCGGCGCUGCACGUGCUGCUGGUGCAGAGGGAGGAGGCGGCGGGUGAAGGUCGAAACACCGAAUGUCCUCGUGGAUGCUGCUCCAGGGCCGGGGGUCAGCCCCACGGGAGCUGCCGGGGAAGAGCAGGCGCGAAAGAUCCUGGUAGUGGUGCCACCAUGGCUGCGCAAGACCCCGCCUCAGGCUGCCUGCAUGGAAAGAAGCAGCUGCCAGCUUUCACCUGGGAGGUGAAGGCCAAUGACCGGAACUACCACAUGCAGUUCAAGAAGAAAGUUGCCUUCUGUCUGACCAAGAAGAAGUACGCGGGCAAUGCCAUUAAGACAGCCAAGUACAACAUCUUUACCUUCCUGCCGCUGAACCUCUAUGAGCAGUUCCACCGAAUGGCCAACGUCUACUUUGUCUUUGUUAUCCUCUUACAGACCUUCCCUGAGAUCUCCACGCUGCCCUGGUACACCCUGCUGUUCCCCCUGAGCUGCCUUCUCACCAUCCGGGGUCUACGAGACCUGAUUGAUGACAUUGGCCGUCACCAAAGUGACAGAAACAUCAACAGCAGACCCUGUGAAAUCCUCUCUGGGAAGAGCUUCCGCUGGCAGAAAUGGCGUGACAUCUGUGUUGGAGACAUCGUCCGCCUGCGUAAGGAGAGCUUCGUCCCGGCCGACAUGCUCUUGCUGUGCAGCUCAGAGCCCAGCAGCCUGUGCUACGUGGAGACUGCUGACAUCGAUGGGGAAACAAACCUGAAGUUCAGACAAGCCCUUCUGGUCACCCACCAGGAGCUGGUGAGCGAGGAGAGCAUGGCUGCCUUUGAUGGGAGAGUGAUCUGUGAGGAGCCCAACAGCCGCAUGCACAGCUUCACCGGCACGCUGGAGUGGAGGGGCGAGACCUACGCGCUUGACAGCGAAAGGAUCUUGCUGCGAGGCUGUAAGCUUCGCAACACCGACGUUUGCUAUGGCUUGGUUAUCUACGCAGGAUUUGAUUCCAAAAUUAUGAGGAACUGUGGAAAGAUCAAGCAGAAGAAAACCAAGCUGGACCGCAUGAUGGACCGGCUGGUGAUCAUAAUCUUCCUGGUGCUGUUGGUCACGUCGCUGUGCCUCGCCAUUGCCUCUGGGUUCUGGGCCAGGACGUUCCAGGAGAAGCACAGCUACCUCUCUGCUCUCUACAAGCACACGACUCCUGCCCAGCAGGCCUUUUUCAACUUCGGGGGCUUCACGAUCCUCCUGAGCAUCAUCAUACCCAUGUCCAUGUAUAUAACGUUUGAAUUCAUCUAUCUGGUGAACAACUUUUUUAUCAGCUGGGAUCUGGAAAUGUAUUACGCUGUCAAGGACAUUCCAGCAAAAGCCAGAAGCACCAGCCUCAAUGAUCAGCUUGGCCAGAUCGAAUAUAUCUUCUCAGACAAGACUGGCACCUUGACACAAAAUGUUAUGAGCUUCAAGAAAUGCUGCAUCAAUGGGACCAUCUAUGGUACGAGCACGGGCCACGAGAACAAGCAGCCAUCGGGGUCGGGGUUGACCCGGAGCCACCACGGGGAGAAGUUGGACUUUUGCGACAAGACGCUGCUGGAAGCUGCCUGGCGUGACAACGACCCCGUGCUGAGGGAGUUCCUGAGGCUGCUGGCCCUCUGCCACACCGUCAUGGUGGAGGAGAAGGGCGACCAGCUGGUUUAUCAAGCAGCUUCACCCGAUGAGGAAGCGCUGGUGUUGGCAGCCAGGAACUUGGGGUACGUCUUCCUGGCCCGAACGCAAGACACCAUCACCAUCAGUGAGCUGGGGAUGAAGAGGACGUACAAAGUGCUGGCCAUGCUGGACUUCAACAGCGAUCGCAAGAGGAUGUCUGUCCUGGUGCGAGACCCCCAGGGCACAAUCCGGCUCUACACCAAGGGGGCUGACACAGUCAUCCUGGAGAGACUGCAGGGGCGAGGGCCCAAUGAGACCUUCACCGAGAUGGCGCUGGAUCGCUUUGCAGAGGAGACACUGAGGACUUUGUGCCUGGCCAGCAAGGAGGUGAGCGAGGUCGAAUACGGCACGUGGAGCAGGAGGCACUGCGAGGCCAGCAUCCUGCUGCAGGACCGCGCACGGGAGCUGGACAAGCUGUACGAGGAGAUGGAGCAGAACCUGCAGCUGCUUGGGGUCACGGCCAUUGAGGACAAGUUGCAAGAUGGAGUCCCUGAGACCAUCCAGCUGCUGAAACUGGGCAACAUUAAAGUGUGGGUGCUGACGGGAGACAAACAAGAGACCGCAAUGAACAUCGGCUACGCAUGCAAGCUGCUCACGGACGACAUGGAGAUCCUGGAGGAGAAGGAGAUAAGCGAGAUCCUCGAGGCUUACUGGGUGAGCAGCAACAACCUCAGCAGCCGCGGUGAAGCCCUGUGCAGCGGCCGCCUCUCCCAGGAGCACCCAGAGCCUUCGUGCCACAAGAAGAGAGCUCUCAUCAUCAGCGGGGACUUCCUGGACAAAAUCCUCCACACGGGAGAGGUGCUGAAGGAGAAGAAGGGGCGGCUGUGGCGGUGGUUGGCUUGCUGCAGGGCUACGGACUCGCAGGAGCAGGGCAGUCUGGUGGAGAAGGCCUUCGUGGACUUGGCCACCAGCUGCCAGGCGGUGAUCUGCUGUAGGGUGACCCCCAAGCAGAAAGCCCUCAUCGUGCAGCUGGUGAAGAAGCACAAGAAAGCCAUCACGCUGGCCAUCGGGGAUGGGGCCAAUGAUGUCAACAUGAUCAAAACCGCUGACAUCGGAGUGGGCAUCAGCGGGCUGGAGGGCAUGCAAGCCGUGCAGUGCAGCGACUACGCCCUGGCACAGUUCUCCUAUCUCCAGCGCCUCCUGCUCGUCCACGGCCGCUGGGCGUACCUGCGCAUCUGCAAGUUCCUCCGUUACUUCUUCUACAAGACCUUUGCUGGCCUUAUGGCCCAGGUCUGGUUUGCUUUCCAUAGCGGAUUCACAGCUCAGCCUCUGUAUGAAGGCUGGUUCCUUGCGCUCUACAACAUUUUCUACACCGCCUGCCCCGUGCUGUCCAUGGGCCUUCUGGAGCAGGACGUGAGUGCUAAGAAGAGCCUGGAGUUCCCUGAGCUCUACGUGAUUGGGCAGCAAGAUGAGCUCUUCAACUACCGCGUUUUCAGCGUCACCCUCCUGCACGGGGUCAGCACCUCGCUCGCCAGCUUCUACAUUGCGCUCUGGGCCUUCGAAGACCACGUUGGCAGCAAGGUUGUCGGCGACUACGAGUCCUUCGCCGUCACGGUGGCCACGUCAGCAUUGCUGUCAGUCCUCAUGGAGAUCAUCCUGGACACCAAGUUCUGGACGGCGGUGUCCCUCCUGAUGGUCACAGCCAGCCUGCUGUUCUUCUGCUUCCUCUCCUUCCUGACCCAAAGCAUCGAUGCCUUCAGGAUAGCCCCUACUGUCUUCUGCUUUCCAGAGGCCAGCCGGAAUGCCCUGACUGAUCCCUAUGUCCUACUAGUGGUCCUGCUGUCCCUGGUGGUGAACACCGUCCCCUCGCUCACCAUCCGCUUGUACCGCACCAUCACGGGCAAAACCACCAUCCAGCAGAAGAUCCGCCUGAAGGCCAGGCGGGAGCCGGAGCCCUCGGUGGAGCUGCGUGCCCAUGUCCCUCGCGGCUCCUUCCACCGCCGCUCCAGCUACGCCUUCUCGCACCAGGAGGGCUACGCCGGCCUCAUCACCCGCGGGGACAGCCUGCGCGCCGGGGCCACCCGCAGCACCGCCCCAGGCCUCCUGCCCCCAGAGACGACGCCGGGUUUGUCCUCCCUCCCCAGCCCCUCGGAGUAGCUGCCCUGGCUGGCAUCAACCUCCCGCCGUGCUGGGACAGGGGAGGUGCCGUCAAGGCGCAGAACUGGCUGGCUCCCUCCUUUUAUGGGCAUUUUUUUAAUCUUAUUUGGAUGGUUUUGAAGUGUGGGCAGCUCCCCAUGGCUGCAGAGGGGCUUGGUCCAGCCUGGGGGGGCUGCUGCUCCAGGCGCUGAGCCAUGGGAAGUGUUCCACCAGCAGCUCCAUCUCCCCCACGCAGCGCGUGCACGGGCUUUGCAGGAGCCCGUAGAGCUCUGAAAACCACCAACUUCUGGCGCCACGCUCGGCCCCUCGCCCCGCGCCUCCCUGGCUGGCACCCCAGCCCCCCCCCCGCCGAGCCCCCUCAGAGCCGGGGCUUCCUCCUGCCUGAGCCGCAUCCUGCUCCAGGCCAGACCCACAAGCAGCAACUCUGCUGCCCCAGGCUCGUUAUUCCACCGCUGAAUUAAUAAAAUGCCCUGAUGCAAGCCCAGCGGUGGGGCUGGGUGGUGGGUGCAGCCCCUCACCCCUGCUCGCUCUCUUGUGCACGGGGCGGGGGGGCCGAGCUUCAGCGGCUGCACGAAGACCCUCGUCUUGUUUUCCCAUGGCUGCAAGGAGCGCAGCGCAGCGCAGAGCCGGCCGCCCUCCCCGCGCAGGGCUGGAGCCGGCACCCGUGGCUUCCACGUGCAGCGACCCAGCAGAUCAGACCCGAGCAGGGUAAUUUUCAAAUGCCCCCCGUUUUCUGGAGGAGGACCUGCGUGUGACUGAUUACCUGCAGGUUCUGCUGCUGCGGCCAAACCAGCCCGGCUUCUUGCAGCCUCUCCCCGCCGUCUCCACCUCCUUGUCUUUGCCGUCCCUGCGCGAGGUGCGUAUGGCGGUGGUGUCUAUGUGCCAUGGCCCGUGUCCACAGCAGCCACGUCCCACGCCCCAGGACCGAUGUCCCCAUCUCUGGGGGAUGUUUGGGCCACGGGCUGUUUGCUGCAAAGCCCUGAAAAGUACCUUUGGGGAGAGGGCGAAGCGUUCAGGGUGAUGUUCGUCAGCUCUGCCCCGCGGGCACGGGAGCACACGUCCUGCGGAGCCACGCUUUUGGGGACAGCGGCUGCGGGAGAAGUUGUGCGUGAUCAACCGACCGGUGAUCGCAUCACACUUUUUAUUAUUUUUA